AUGAUUUUAAGCGGAUUGGUGAUUACACUCAACACUUUAACUCAAAAUUACCUCAUUUUUAAAGAUCAAAUACUGAAUCCUGAAUUUUAAAUAGGAAAUUACGACGUCAACAGUUGUGGAGUACCCUAAUUGCAACAAGUAUAUAAUGACAAUCCAAAAUCAAAUAACUUAUUUAUACAGGAGUUAGUGAUUCGUGCAAAUUAAUAAUUCAAGUUGGAAUAUUCGGUCGAGAAUAUUAUUGAUAAUGAUUUUGCUUUGAAUUAAAGUGGAAUGAUCAAUUUAACUCUCUCGAACGAAUAAGUUAUUUACAUUACACAUGAAUGUCCAGAAGAUCUCGAGAAUUACAAUUUCUGGGGUCUCAUAAGAGUAGAUCUAUCAAUAAAUGAUGAAUCGAUGAAAAUAUACUAUGAGAGUAUAUGUAGCAAACAAUAUGAACCAAAAAAAUUUGAUUUCAGCUAUUUGAUAAUAGUAAUCUCAGGCGUUUUAUUUGUGUUUCUAACAUCCAGAUUUGGUCACAUUGCAUCGUUAUAGAAGGCAAAUAAAAAGUUUCAAGGAGUUUUAAUCAACUACUGGUAUUUCAUAGUGUUCAUCUUUACGUUAUUUGCCUUGGUGGGAUUCAGUUAUAUAAAUGUGGAUGUGGAAGUCUACAUUUUAGCUUGCAUAUCUUAUUUAUCUAACAUAUUUUUUUUGAUAGACACUUGCUGCUUUUUAAAAAUUCAUUAUUGGAACCAUUUGCAAGAUAUUUUAUUUUAUAUAAUAGGAUGGUUUUUGGGUAGCAUCCCAAUGAUCACUUUUUUUGUUUUUGGAUUUAGUUGGAUUGUCAAUGAUGUGAUAUUUGUACUCAAUUUGGGAACUUUUUUUAAGCUCUUUAAGGUAAAAUCAUUCAAGGAUUGCAUAACUAUUUAUGUGCCAUUUCUGUUAUUUUAUUGUCUUCUAAAUUAUGCAGUCUAUCUCAAAUGGGAAUAUGGAUAUAAAGUAUCCCUCAUCCUUAAUUUAACUUAAUUCUUCUCUCUGCAAGCUCCAAUGUUCAACUAUAUUCCAACAAGAAAAUGUGCAUUCAUUGAAAUUAAUACUCUGUUCCUGCCUGGCUUAAUGAUAGCUUAUACUGUGAGAUACGCAAAAGCAUCACAAUCCUACGUUUAUUUUAUCAUUUAUUUUUUGGGUUUAUUCUUGGGAUUAAUUGGUUGGCUGUCUAUCACUUUCCUUAACAGUAAAUAUUAAAUAACAAGUUUAUUAUUCACAGUGAUUCCCAGUUCAAUACUAGCAGCAAUACUCUGCUAUUAUAGAAAUGAGUUAUCAGUCUUUUACAAAGGAUAAUUUUAUGAUCAAAUUCUUGAAGAUCCAUUUGUUGCAUCUAAAAGUAUUAAGGCUUCCCAAUAAACGAAUACUGAAUUAAUCAAUCAGAGCAAUCAGAGCAAUCAAGAAUUACCUGUUAUAAACCCUGCAUUAUUUUCAGGAUUGUAUGAAUUAUGA